UAUUGUACAAAUGGAUCUGUCUCGGCAUCAUUUUGCCUUUCUUUCUGCCUGUGAAACCGCCGUCGGUGUCCCUACAACACCCGACGAAGUGAUACACCUAGCGGCUGGCCUGCAAUUUGCUGGGGUUAGCAGUGUCGUCGGGACGUUGUGGAAGGUCGACGAUCAUACUGUGCGCCGCUUAGUCAAGGCAUUCUACGAAAAGUUUUGCGAGGGUGGCACAAUGAAUCCUAAACUCGCUGCCCAAGCGCUGCACCAUGCAGUCCCGUCGUUGGCUAGAGACAGAGACAUAC